AGAGCUGGAGAACUUGGCAAAGAAACGUGACAGGAAACUGUGAUCCACGGAACAGAAGUUGCACCUCCUCUACGCGCUCCGGAGGGAGCACUUUAUCUAUUGCACUGAGGUCGGUAUCCGGACACGCGAUUGGCAGCGGGCACCGGAAGCGCUCUGGAGUCGCCUUGUUCCGAGAGACGCGCGGAAGGGGCUGAGCGCAUGGUUUCCUUUAGAGCGCCCUGAAAGAGGACCUGGGACAGCGAAGGAGAUGGAACCGGGCCCUGAAAGCCGCACGUCCAGUGCGCUGUUUGCUGGGUUCCGAGCCUUGGGGCUUUUCAGCAAUGACAUUCCACACGUGGUGCGGUACAGCGCGCUUAAGCGCCGGUUCUAUGUGACGACCUGCGUGGGCAAGAGUUUCCAUACAUAUGACGUUCAGAAACUUAGACUGGUUGCAGUAAGUAAUUCUGUUCCACAGGAUAUCUGCUGUAUGGCUGCUGACAGCAGGCUGGUCUUUGCUGCUUACGGGACUGUUUUCUCUGCAUUUGCCCGUAAUAAAGAGAUAGUACGUACCUUUAAUGGUCACAAGGCAGAAAUUCAUCUUUUACAGCCCUUUGGAGAUCAUAUUAUCUCUGUUGAUGUUGACAGCAUUCUUAUUAUUUGGCACGUAUAUUCAGAAGAAGAAUACCUACAGUUAACUUUUGAUAAAUCAAUAUUUAAAAUUUCUGCCAUUUUGCAUCCGAGUACCUACUUGAAUAAAAUACUUCUGGGCAGUGAACAAGGAAGCCUGCAGUUGUGGAAUGUAAAAUCCAAUAAACUUCUGUAUACAUUUCCAGGAUGGAAAGUUGGAGUAACAGCUCUUCAGCAGGCACCAGCUGUGGAUGUUGUUGCCAUUGGUCUUAUGUCGGGUCAGGUUAUUAUUCACAACAUUAAAUUUGAUGAAACACUAAUGAAGUUUCGUCAAGACUGGGGACCCAUUACUUCAAUCUCAUUUCGCACAGAUGGUCAUCCAGUAAUGGCAGCUGGAAGCCCAUGUGGCCAUAUUGGACUCUGGGAUUUGGAAGACAAAAAAUUAAUCAAUCAAAUGAGAGAUGCACACUCAACAGCAAUUGCUGGGCUGACCUUUCUCCAUAGAGAGCCACUUCUUAUCACAAAUGGUGCUGACAACGCUCUCAGGAUAUGGAUAUUUGAUGGUCCUACAGGUGAAGGCCGUCUUUUGAGAUACAGAAUGGGACAUAGUGCUCCUCUCACAAGUAUCAGAUAUUAUGGACAAAAUGGACAACAGAUUCUAAGUGCAAGUCAAGAUGGAACUCUUCAGUCAUUCUCCACAAUACAUGAAAAAUUUAACAAGAGCUUGGGACAUGGAUUAAUAAAUAAAAAGAGAGUCAAACGUAAAGGACUGCAGAAUACCAUGUCUGUGCGACUUCCACCCAUCACAAAGUUUGCAGCAGAGGAAGCUCGUGAGAGUGACUGGGAUGGUAUCGUGGCUUGCCAUCAAGGUAAGCUGUCUUGCUCAACCUGGAAUUACCAAAGAUCUACACUAGGUGCUUACUUUCUCAAGCCAAAGGAGUUGAAGAAAGAUGACAUAACUGCCACAGCAGUAGAUAUAACUUCUUGCGGAAACUUUGCUGUGAUUGGCCUCUCAUCAGGAACUGUAGAUGUAUAUAACAUGCAGUCUGGUAUACAUCGAGGACGUUUUGGCAAAGAUCAAGCUCAUAAAGGAUCAGUUAGAGGUGUUGCAGUAGAUGGAUUAAACCAGUUGACAUUUACAACUGGUAGUGAAGGAUUACUCAAAUUUUGGAACUUUAAAAGCAAAAUUUUAAUACACUCUGUGAACCUCAGUUCAUCUCCAAAUAUGAUGCUGCUACAUAGGGACAGUGGCCUUCUGGGACUUGCGUUCGAUGACUUCUCCAUUAAUGUUUUGGACAUAGAAACUAGGAAGAUUGUCAGAGAGUUUUCUGGACACCAAGGCCAAAUUAAUGACAUGGCUUUUAGUCCUGAUGGUCGUUGGUUAAUUAGUGCUGCAAUGGAUUGUUCUAUCAGGACUUGGGACCUUCCAUCUGGGUGCCUGGUAGACUGCUUUUUGUUGGACUCAGCUCCUCUCAAUGUUACCAUGUCACCUACUGGAGACUUUCUGGCAACUUCCCAUGUGGACCACCUUGGAAUUUAUCUAUGGUCCAAUAUUUCCCUGUAUUCAGUUAUUUCAUUACGGCCACUUCCUACAGAUUAUGUCCCUUCAGUAGUGAUGCUUCCUGGUACUUGUCAAACCCAAGAUGUAGAAAUAUCAGAAGAAACAACAGAACCAAGUGAUGAAAUGAUAGAGUAUGAGUCACCAGAGCAGUUGAAUGAGCAGCUGGUAACUCUUUCACUUCUUCCUGAAUCACGAUGGAAAAACCUUCUUAAUCUUGAUGUUAUUAAGAAAAAGAAUAAACCAAAGGAACCACCCAAAGUGCCCAAAUCAGCACCAUUUUUUAUUCCAACACUUCCUGGCCUUGUACCCAGAUAUGCUACACCUGAACAAAACAAUGAUCCCCAGCAGUCUAAAGUGGUCAGUCUUGGAAUUUUGGCCCAAAAAUCAGAUUUCUGCUUGAAACUUGAAGAAGGACUGGUAAAUAACAAGUAUGAAGCUGCUGUCAACCUUCUGAAAGAAUUGGGCCCAUCAGGAAUUGAAACAGAGCUACGAAGCUUAUCCCCUGACUGUGGUGGAUCUAUAGAAGUCAUGCAGAGCUUCCUGAAAAUGAUCAGGAUGAUGCUGGACAGCAAGCGUGAUUUUGAGUUAGCACAGGCAUACCUCGCAUUGUUUCUAAAGUUACAUCUUAAAAUGCUUCCUUCAGAGCCAGUACUCCUGGAAGAAAUGACGGAGUUAUUAUCACAGGUAGAAGAAAACUGGAUCCAUUUACAAUCACUCUUUAAUCAAAGCAUGUGUGUUUUAAAUUAUAUCAAAAGUGCUUUGUUAUAAAAAUAAAUUUCUGAAUAAAUCAAAGACAUAUAUUAAAUAGGUUCAGUUAACUCAUUUCUUAUUUUCCAAAUUUCAAUGUGAAAAGAAAAUAUGUGCUAUUGAUUAUGCUAUUGACUAGUCAGUAAUUUUCCACUUUAAAUGUUAAAUACUUUCUUCAAAUAAAAUUACACAUGUCUUUUGUUUUUAAGAUCUAAAGAAUCUACUCAAAUGAUUUGUUUUCUGAGUCUGUUCACAUUAGCAAUUUUUAUUACUUUUAAUUAUUACCUGCUCCUGUUUUGUGAGUUAUCUGUUACAUAUAAGAGAUGCUACCUGUUUCUCAUGAAAUACUUCUGAUUUAAAUUGAAGAUGUCAGAUAAAACUGAAAUAUGAUGUAAUUAUAAAAGUGCUGUCAUGAUACCAUAAAAAGGGAGUGAUUCCUUCCAUGAAGGCCUUUGAUGAAAACAUGAAUCUUCAUUCUGACAGCUGGAAGGUAUAUUUGACACCCCUGGUACAGCCUCUUGUGUUGCAGGAGAGGAGUCAAGUCAAGGUCUGCUGAGAGCUCAGUGAUCAAGCCAGAUUUUUUUUUUUUUUUUUUUUUGUAGAGACAGAGUUUCACUUUAUCGCCCUCAGUAGAGUGCCGUGGCGUCACACAGCUCACAGCAACCUCCAAUUCCUGGGCCCAGGCAAUUCUCCUGCCUCAGCCUCCCGAUUAGCUGGGACUACAGGUGCCCGCCACAACGCCCGGCUAUUUUUUUGUUGCAGUUUGGCCGGGGCCAGGUUUGAACCUGCCACCCUCGGUAUAUGGGACCGGUGCCCUGCUCACUGAGCCACAGGCGCCGCCCCAAGCCAGAUUUUUUAAUGUUGGCCUGGCCCUUUCUCAUUGUAACCUUCCUGAAGGAAGUUGGUACAGGGUCAGAAAUAUGGUAGUCACUUGCCCAAGGCAAAUUACUAUAUGAGAAGGUUAAACUGAUUCCUAUAAUAGGUAAGGGAAAUUCCAUCUUCCCUUGGAAGUUGUCCUUCAAAGGUUUUCCUUUCUCAUUGAUGACCUUUUUAUUUAGGAAGAAACUAUUGACUAUACUUUUCCUUCACAACCAAGUAGCCCUGGCAGUUUUUUUCAUCAUCAGUGUUUUCUUUCUUAUAGUUCAAGGCUUUAACAAUAUAUGAAUUAAAAAUAAGCAAUUCUUAAAGGCAGAAUGCUGUAAAAACUGUUCUUAGUGUAUUACAUUAAAAACUAUCAUUCAUGAAACAUACUCUUUUGGAUUUGAACAUCAAUAACAUUAUUUUUCAGUGUUAGGUUAAGAGGCCUUUCUGGAGUAAUCUCCAGAAGGAGCAGUCCUUGAAAGAAGUUGGCCAGUGGUAACCCUUAAAAUGUUAAGGUGUUUUCAUUAAUGCUGUAAAGUGAAAUUAGUAUGCUACUAAGGAAAUAAACCUAUCUGGUUUUGUGCUCAGUUUUGUUUUUCUUUUAGAAAUGUGGAUUGACUUAUUAAAUAAUGACUUAAGAUCUAAUUUUAAAAACUGUUUCCCUUUGUCCCAAAAUACAAAGAUAUGGCAGAAUCCAAUAGACAAUCCACUAGCUAUUAAACACUGUUAAAUAACUAAAACCAAAUGAGACCUAUGAACUAAAAUUGUAUUGCUUAUGCAAAUCAUGAACUAAGUUUCUUCUCUUUUUUAAAAGAGCAUAUGGGUUGAAUGUAUUGUUUUACUGGUGAUAUCUUUAGAUAGUAUUACAGUAUCAUUUUGGCAGAUAAUCUUCCAGACCUUUUCCUGUGUACUUGCCAUCAAAGCAGGAAGAAAGAAAUACAAAUUAAGUUUUGUUCGUAUAUGUUUCCUUUAAAAUAUAUCAGUCUGUGUACAUUGCUUUAUCUUUAAAUUUUAAAUUACACAUGUAAUAUAUGAUUACAUUUUACUUGUAAAAACAUCAGUGCUUUUUGACAACCGUCUUCAAUCCCAAUGCCCUCCCUAGAAGGAAUGGUUAUUAACUCUCCUAGAUCUUUUCUAUAAGCAUUUAUACAUGUUAUUUAUAGCCACAGGAGAUAAAAUGUAUGGGUUUGUUUUUACAUAUAUACAUAGGUAUCAUUCUACUACUUGCUUUUUUUUACUCAGGGUUUUUUAUUUUUGUACAUUCAUACUUAGAAAUCUCUUUUGCACAGUUGUCAUCAUAAUGACCACUUAAAGUCGUCUUCCUUUUUUUCUUUCACUUGAAAAACAGUGCUGAAAGUAACAUACGUCAUUCUAUGCAAGUCCUUAAAGUGCGUAUCUCUGUAGCAUAUGUUUAAGAUUUGGAUUUGGGGCCAGAGUAUUAGCAUUUUUUAAUUUAAAGAGAUACUUCCAGUUGGCUUCCAAAAUGGUUAUACAUGUAUCAGUUUAUAAUUCCCCUCAGCAACAAAUGAGUAUCUGCUUCCCCUUAUCAUUAAGGACACUUAGAUUUUUAUAAUUUUUAUUAGCUUAAUGGGUGAAAAAGUGAUUAUAUUCCAAAGUUUAUCAUGGCGAGGAUGGUCAUAUUUUUAUAUAUUUGUUUUUGACCAUUUUUCUUUGUGAGUUUUCUUUUUCCUCCACUGCCCAUUUUUCUGUUUAAUGAUUUGUCUUUUUUAUCUCAUGGAUUUUUUUUAGGAGUUUUCUUAUUAAUAGAGCUUUAUCUUUUAUAUCUAUUACCAGUGUUUUCUCCCAGUUAGCUGCUUUAAUUUUACUUACAGUGUCUUGUUUUAUAGUUGCUUUAUAUUUGUAUAGAGUAAGAUUGGUGAUUUUUAAUGACUUACAUUUCAAGAUAUAAAGCAAAUUCUGUUUUCUAAACAUAUGUUUUCAUGUGUUUACAUGUGCUCAUUUCACAUUUAUCAUCUGUAUUUUCUUAGAUGUGUGUCUGAGUGAGUGAGCAAUGUCUAGAUUUUUAUCUAGAAUGAAUUUUUGUGAAGAGUAAAAGGUAUAGAGUUGCCUGUACUCAAAUGUUUGUUGAAAAUCAUUGAAGAGUUCAUUCUUUAUGUCUAAUUUGAAAUGUUCCUUCAUUAUGUACUAAAUUUUUUCAUUGAGCUUUUUGGUAUUUCUAAUAAACAAUACGCUGCUUUGAUUAUGUAAUAUCUUGGUAUGUUUUCAGAUUUAGGAUAAAGUCUUCCUAAUGUUUCACAGAAAUUUCAUGGCUACUGGUGACCAUAUCUUCUUGAAGUUUUGAUUUGGGUUGCACUAAAUUAUAGGAUUCAUUUAGAGAGAAGUAGA